GGGGGUUUAAACAUACAAAGGAAUUGCUGGGACCAGCAAAAGGGCAGGCGGCGCGGAGCGGAGUGGAGUAGAGGGGAGGGAAGGAGAGGGGAGGGGAACGAGCGAGCUAGCUGCUCGGGCUGGAGACGGCGUGCGGGCUGGAGACGAUGCGCGGUUGAGAAAGAAGGCGGAGACGUGGACUGGAGACUCAUUGAGCCCCCCUCUUAGAUCGCGACAGCACAAACACUUUGAGGAACGACAAUGAUGACUCCAGCGGCCCCCGGGGUCCUGGGAUUCCUCCUCCCGGCCCUCUGGCUCCACUCCAGCGUUUUCCACCAAACUUGGGCAGCCCCGUCCCCAAUCAUCAAGUUUCCGGGCGAUGUCUCUCCCAAAACAGACAAAGAGUUGGCUGUACAAUACCUGAACACAUUCUACGGCUGCCCUAAAGAGAGCUGCAACCUGUUUGUGCUGAAGGACACCCUGAAGAAGAUGCAGAAAUUCUUUGGACUGCCAGAGACAGGAGAGCUGGACCAGAACACUAUUGAGACCAUGAAGAAGCCACGAUGUGGGAACCCAGAUGUGGCCAACUACAACUUCUUCCCCCGGAGACCCAAGUGGGAGAAGAACCAGAUCACAUACAGGAUCAUUGGUUACACACCUGAUCUGGACCCUGAGACUGUAGAUGAUGCUUUUGCUCGAGCCUUCAAAGUCUGGAGUGAUGUGACACCUCUCAGAUUUUCACGUAUCCAUGAUGGGGAAGCUGACAUCAUGAUCAACUUUGGUCGUUGGGAGCAUGGGGAUGGAUAUCCCUUUGAUGGGAAGGAUGGACUCCUGGCUCAUGCCUUCGCUCCUGGAACUGGUGUAGGAGGAGACUCCCAUUUUGAUGAUGAUGAGUUAUGGACCCUGGGAGAAGGACAAGUGGUCCGAGUGAAAUAUGGGAAUGCUGACGGUGAGUAUUGUAAGUUUCCCUUCCUGUUCAACGACAAGGAAUACACCAGUUGCACAGAUGCUGGCCGUAGUGAUGGCUUCCUCUGGUGUGCGACCUCCUACAACUUUGACAGUGAUGGGAAGUAUGGCUUCUGUCCCCAUGAAGCUCUGUUUACCAUGGGUGGGAAUGCUGAGGGGCAGCCUUGCAAAUUCCCAUUCAAGUUCCAAGGUACCUCUUAUGACAGCUGUACUACAGAGGGCCGAACAGAUGGCUACCGCUGGUGUGGCACUACCGAGGACUAUGAUCGUGACAAGAAAUACGGUUUCUGCCCUGAGACUGCCAUGUCAACUGUUGGGGGGAACUCUGAAGGUUCUCCCUGUGUCUUCCCCUUCACCUUCUUGGGCAGCAAGCAUGAAUCCUGUACAAGUGCUGGCCGUAGUGAUGGCAAAAUGUGGUGUGCCACAACAGCCAACUAUGAUGAUGACCGCAAGUGGGGUUUUUGCCCUGACCAAGGGUAUAGCCUGUUCCUUGUGGCAGCCCAUGAGUUUGGCCAUGCUAUGGGACUGGAGCACUCAGAAGACCCUGGGGCACUGAUGGCACCAAUCUACACAUACACUAAGAAUUUCCGCCUAUCCAAUGAUGACAUCAAGGGCAUUCGGGAGCUGUAUGGGUCCUCCACUGACACCGACACUGGCACUGACACUGGCCCAACCCCCACCCCGGGGCCUGUCACUCCUGAGCUCUGCAAACCAGACACACACAUCGUGUUUGAUGGCAUCUCACAGAUUAGAGGAGAAACAUUCUUCUUUAAGGACAGGUUCAUGUGGCGGACGGCAAACUCAAGGGAGAAGCCCACAGGGCCCCUGCUUGUGGCCACGUUCUGGCCAGAAGUUCCUGAGAAGAUAGAUGCAGUAUAUGAGGCCCCACAGGAGGAAAAGGCUGUGUUCUUCUCAGGGGAUGAGUACUGGGUCUACUCAGCCAGCACCCUGGAGCGGGGCUAUCCAAAGAAGCUGACUAGCCUUGGGCUGCCUCCAGAUGUUCAGCGCGUGGAUGCUGCCUUCAGCUGGAGCAAAAACAAGAAGACAUAUAUCUUUUCUGGAGACAAGUUCUGGAGGUACAAUGAAGUUAAAAAGAAAAUGGACCCUGGCUUCCCCAAGCUUAUUGCUGAUGCCUGGAAUGGGAUCCCUGACAAUCUUGAUGCUGUGGUAGAACUGCAGGGAAGUGGACACAGCUAUUUCUUCAAGGACUGGUAUUACCUUAAACUGGAGAACAAGAGUCUUAAAAUUGUAAAAGUUGGAAACAUCAAAUCGGACUGGCUGAGCUGCUGAACUUUGUAAACUCUCUGUAACCCAAUAUUUACAUCUCUUAUCCCUCCCUCCCUUCUCUGUCACUAGCUAGAUCUGAAUACUCGUUACUAGCCCAGGCUGGUACUGGUUGCCCCAAGAAUUAAGGACCUAUUGGUCAAUUCUAUCACAUUUUGGUAAUUUAAGAUUUUGUACAGUGGCCUCCCCUCCUACCCCAAUUCCCUAACCCAGGGAUAUAGAUGUUUAUUAUAUAUACCCUCAUCUCCUCCCUUUCCCUCUCCUGCCCUACCUCCAGGCCCCCAGUAAGUGUUGAGUGAGCCACGGAGGGCCUCCUGGUGUUUACUCCCUGCCUCCGAGGAGAUACUUGGAUAUCUUCUGGGUAGUCCUGCCCAGGGCUGCUCUGGUGCUGUCCCCACUUAAGGUCUUUCUCCCUCCUCUGCUCCCUCAAAAGCCCAGCAGAGACUAUCUGGACUGGGCACUGGUGGCCCUGACAACCUGCCAUGGAGCCCUGGGAGGGAGUCAUGGUCUAACGGCAGCUGUGUUAAUCUGCUUUAACACCACUAGCUGCCCUAGUAUUAGAUUCACUAGCCAUUUGCUUCAAUGCACUUUGGUCUUUUUUUGUUUGUUUGUUUUUUGUUUAAAAUUCAUUUCUGGACAGAAGGACUCAGGUUUUCUGAAGUCACUGCAUGAUGUGCCCGGGCCACAUAAUAACGUUUAACUGGCUCAUGUUUUAUAGAAUUUCCCAACCAUCAUGACCCCUUUACAUCUGGCAGAGGGGAGAAAAAAAAAGCCACAGUUGUUCCCCUUCCCACUCCUUCCUUCCCCGUGAGAAAUGUCAACAAGUAUGAAUAAAGAAAUCCAUUGUGCCCGGGA